UCAUCAUCCUCGACACUUCUUGAUCGUCACGCAGCUGCCGCAAAAGCUCCGCCCAUCCCCAGACGCUCAUCCGAGGACUCGGGUGGUGCUACUAAAGACAUCACUUCUCUCAAUGAGCUGUGGAAUACCCUUAGGCAACAGAAGCAGCGUCAAAUGGCCAAGGAACCUCCAAAAAUCCUGUAGGGGUGAGAAAAGUGAUGUCGCCUCAACCUCUCAAGCGGCGGAAGUCAAACGUCUCAUUUCGAGAGUCUCGUGAUGGUCGUACUGUGACGGCCACGUUUAAUCUACCUGGCAUCAAAAAACAUAAUGCCCAUGUUAGCUAUCGCGGUAGUCAUUUGACUGUAACAUGGGAAACAGUGAAGAUCACUGAGAUCGAUGAAGGAGGAACACUGGUAAGGGAACGAGAAAAAAAGGAAUUUUCGAGGACUAUUCCUCUUCCAGAGGGAACCAAGUUUGAAGAAGUUGGCGCACGUAUGGAUGAUCGUUAUUUGAUCCUGACGUACCCAAACAUGCGGUCAGUACGAGUGGAGCCUCGACAAAUGGGUCACCGGCAGGUUGAGCCUCGUCGCAUAGAACCCACGGAGAUUGAAGCCUCAGAUGUGUAUGAAUACUAGCUAGACGCACAUAUCAUGCCUACGGAGUUUUAGUUUAUGGUCCUGUUGCUUUGUUGUCAAUAC